UAUUGUUUUCUUGGCUUUGAGGAAGAGGGCGCUCAGUCGAGAAGAAAGCUCAGAAUCCCGCCGCCGCCGCCUCCCCCAAUGAGGCUGCACGGCCCACUCUCAUUCGCCGCCUCGACAGUCAACAGUGGUCGCCGUCACUAUGCCACCAAGUACACUGCCAAGAUCACCUCGACCUCCCCGACCGGUCGGUCCGUCUCCGCGGAGGUGACCCCGCCGCCGCCUCUCCCGACGGACAUCCGUGGCUACCCGGUCCCGCGCCGCGACCUCAUUUGCAACGCCACCAACAUCAUCCUCCGCGGCCAGUCCCGUCCAUCCUCCUCGCGCUCCCCGGACCUCGAUCCCUUCUCCCACCUCGCCACCUACCUCCGCUCGCUCUCCCUCUCCCUCACCUCCGCGGAGGCCUCUGAGAUCAUGAAAUCCCUUAACUGCCCCUCCCUCUCCCUCAAGUUCUUCCAGGCCUGCCCCUCCAUCUCCCCGAACUUCGGCCAUGACGCCCUCACGUACAACCGCAUCCUCCUCAUCCUCUCCAAGUCCGUCUCGCCCAACCGGUUCGAUCAGGUCCGCUCUCUCGUCGAGGAGAUGGAGAGGACCGGGACGCGCGGCAACAUUUCCACCGUCAACAUCCUUAUCUGGAUCUUCGGGGACACCGAGGACCUCGAGAAGUGCAAGGAGCUGGUGAGGAAGUGGGACUUGAUGAUGAACAGCUACACGUAUAAGUCUCUGCUUCAAGCGUAUCUCAGAUCGUACGAUGCCGACAGAGCUUUCGAUGUGUAUAUGGAGAUAAGGAGGAAAGGGUAUAAGCUCGAUAUCUUCGCCUACAACAUGCUGCUGGAUGCUCUUGCAAAGAAUGAAAAGGUUGACCAAGGGUAUAAGGUAUUCGAAGACAUGAAGAAGAAGCAUUGCGACCCUGAUGGGUUCUCCUACACAAUCAUGAUCAGAAUGUAUGGAAAGACGGGCAUGCCCGACAAGUCACUGGCCCUCUUUCACGAAAUGGUGGAAAAAGGUCAUGUACCUAAUUCAAUUGUAUACAAUACCGUGAUUGAGGCCCUUGCUAAAGGGCAGGAGGUCGAAAGGGCUCUCUUCUAUUUCUCUGAAAUGGUGAAAAAAGAUUGCCGCCCAAAUGAGUUCACUUACAGUGUAAUUCUCAACCUUCUGGCCACAGAAGGGCAGCUUGGCAGGUUAAAUGAGGUCUUGGAAAUUUCCCGGAAGUAUCUUAGCAAGUCCAUAUAUGCUUAUCUUGUGAGAACGCUUGGCAAAUUGGGCCAUGCCAAUGAAGCCCAUGGGCUGUUCCGUGACAUGUGGGUUCAUCAUGACAACGGGGAUAGAGCUACGUAUGUAUCCAUGCUUGAGAGCCUGUGCAAUGCGGGGAAGACAAUUGAGGCUAUCGACCUUCUUGAGAACAUUCACGAGAAGGGAAUAAAGCCUGAUACUUUCAUGUAUAAUAUGGUCUUCUCUGCUCUUGGGAAAUCAAGGAGGGAGAUCUCGUUAUCGAGGUCUCAUAUGCAUGAUCUGUAUGAGAGAAUGAAGAAAAACGGGCCUCCACCAGAUACUUAUACUUAUAAUGUCCUGAUCUCAGGUUUUGGCCGGGCUGGGAAAGUCCAUGAGGCGGUCCAAGUCUUUGAGGAGCUUGAACAAAGCGAGUGCAAACCCGAUGUUAUCUCAUACAACUCCCUCAUUAACUGCCUUGGGAAGAAUGGGGAUCUUGAUGAGGCCCAUAUUAGGUUCCAGGAGAUGAAGGAGAAGGGACUGAGUCCUGAUGUUGUGACCUAUAGCACUCUGAUUGAGUGCUUUGGAAAGACUGACAAAGUUGAUAUGGCUUGUCGGCUUUUCGAUGAGAUGAGCGCUGGGGGUUGCAGUCCUAAUGUUGUUACGUACAAUAUAUUGCUCGAUUGUCUUGAGAGGUGUGGGCGAACUGCUGAGGCCGUGGAUUUGUAUGCUAGGCUUAAGCAGCACGGUUUAACUCCAGAUUCUAUCACAUAUUCAAUUCUGGAAAGGUUGCAGAGUGGUUCUCACAGGAAAGUUAGGGUUCGGAGGAAAAAUCCUAUCACAGGUUGGGUCGUAAGUCCCCUGAGGUGAUUUCGCCAAAUACAGAGGUUCUUUGACCUGCAUAGAAGUAGGCGUUGAUUGCUGAAUGAAAUCUCCCUAAGUUCUGGGCCUCGAGCUGAUUUGAAGAUUCACCCGUGUAUACGGGCCUGUGGGUGUCGGUGUGCCUCUUUUAGGCUCUUUUGAGGAGUGCACCAUCUUAGAAAGAAAAGAAUUUUGCUGAGGCUUCCAAAGAUUUGGAAGAUAGGAGUCCUCACAGAGAUGCUGCUUUUGGUCUCAGGAGGUUUUUAAACAGGAGAAGAAUUGUCAGCAUAGUUUCAUACACUUAUGUUCUCUCUCCGAGUCCGGAUCUUUCCUUCCCAGGGAAAAGUACACACAAGCAUCACUGGCUCUGUUUUGUUGUACAUCUUUUGGUCUGAGGUAAUAUAUAACGCUCAGAUAGUUUGAAUCUGUUAUAUAAAUGUCAUUAACAUUGACGUUGAUUUCUGAAUACGAGAAGAUCCAGUUUGUUAUAUGAGCAUCAUUUCCAUCUAGGUGAUGAAGACAAUGUAAUGUAGGCCUAAUGGGAGAUUGGCUUUGGGCAUGUUAAUGGAACUAACUUCUGUUGAGGCGGCAAAUUGGACUCUGUUCAAGGAUACUGCAGUGAGCAUGGGAUCGAGGUAUGCGGCACUCUUCAUCUCUACUGUGACGGAGGCUCGUAAAGCUGAAAGGAUGGCCAAUCAGUGAGGCACUAUAGUAGGCAAGAUCUUAUGGUGAUUACUGAAUUCAUGAGUUGUCUGUAGCUUCGCUCUGGCUAUUUGAGUUUAUGUCCAUAUUCUGGUGAAAGAACUACCAGUUGGGUGCUAGUUCAUUUUGGAGAAAAGAAAAACUCGUGAUUUUUCUUAAGCGCCUCCGGUGAUUCUGUCUCCAUUUAGCACUUCUAUAUGAUCGAUAACGCACACUGCAAAGUUUCUGCUGAUCUCCCGGAACGAUGACAAUGAUCUUGUCCGUGCUACAAUAGAAGAGUUCAAUCAUACAAUUUUUUUAAAG